GUUUUAGAAAAGUUCUGUACAGAUAUUAGUUAUGAAAAAAGGAUUGAGAAUAUUGAUUCAAAGUCAGUUUUUGAAGACCAACUAUCUAAAUUUAUGUGUGCAAUAAAAUGUAGAGAUGGCAAAGAGUACCAUGCAUCCUUAAUAAAAAAUUGCAUGGCUGCUAUCUGGUGUCAUCUUAAUAAGAAAUUAGGUUUAGUAAAAUCUGUGAACAUUUUAAAUCCAAAAAUUUUUUAUAAAUUCAAUACUGUUAUUAAUGGAAAGAUAAAAACACUCUCUUAUGCAGGUCUAGGUAAAUGUAAUAGUGCAGAUAGUUUAAUAAUUAAUGAAGUUGAGCAAAUUCUAGAACACCCUAUGAUUUAA